UAAGCCAUGGGGAAGCAGAACAGUAAGCUACGGCCGGAGGUGAUGCAGGACCUGCUGGAGAGCACCGACUUCACCGAGCACGAGAUCCAGGAGUGGUACAAAGGCUUCCUGCGAGACUGCCCCAGCGGAAACCUCUCCAUGGAGGAGUUCAAGAAGAUCUACGGAAACUUCUUCCCUUACGGGGACGCCUCCAAGUUCGCCGAGCACGUGUUUCGCACGUUCGACGCCAACGGCGACGGGACGAUAGACUUUCGGGAGUUCAUCAUCGCCCUCAGCGUCACGUCGCGGGGGAAGUUAGAGCAGAAGCUCAAGUGGGCGUUCAGUAUGUACGACCUGGACGGGAACGGAUACAUCAGCAAGGCCGAGAUGCUGGAGAUCGUACAGGCAAUCUACAAGAUGGUGUCGUCUGUGAUGAAAAUGCCGGAAGAUGAGUCCACCCCAGAGAAAAGGACAGAGAAGAUAUUCAGACAGAUGGACACCAACCGUGAUGGUAAACUGUCUCUUGAGGAGUUUAUUAAGGGGGCAAAGAGUGACCCCUCCAUCGUCCGUCUGCUCCAAUGUGACCCCAGCAGCGCGGGACAGUUCUGAA